AUGAUCCCCAUGAAAUCGCUCCCCGCCUGGGAACCAGGUGAAGAAAUUGCAAGUGCUGCUACACAUGCCAUAGGAAUUGUAUUUUCUUUCAUUGCAACUAUAUUAGUCAUUGUUCAACAAGUCAAAAAUUAUAAUAGAAAUAAAACGAUAGGAAUGGCAAUUUUCUGUGCAUCAAUGUUUAUAUUAUACACAGUUUCAACAUGUUAUCAUGGUGUAAAGCAAGAAAAGAUCAAGAAAAUUAUGAGAUACGGUGAUCACUGCUCAAUCUAUUUAUUAAUUGCCGGAAGUUACGCUCCAUACUGUCUUACAGUUUUAGCCGAUACAAAUGGAACUCUUCUUUUAAUCGUGAUUUGGUCAUAUGCCGCAAUCGGAAUUUUCCUCAAAAUCAUGUGGUUCGAUUACGUAGAUACAAUUUCCCUCUUAUAUUACAUUGUUAUGGGCUGGCUCGUUGUUUCUACAUUGGGAACUUUAGUUCGUAACUUUGAACCUGCUGGCAUUUACUACUUAUUCUUAGCUGGCGUUUCUUAUACUUUAGGCACAAUGUUCUUCGCCAGAGAUAAAAUCGCAUAUACUCACGCAAUUUGGCAUCUUUUUGUACUUUGCGGAACUAUCUGCAGCUUUAUCAGCUCAUAUGUUUAUUGCUAA